AUGGCAUCAUCUCAACCCGUAAAGCCCCCCGUGGCCUCGCAGUCGCAAACCCAACGAACCUCGCAACCCGGCCUCAAAUACCCAUCAAAUGGCAAAUCCAUAUACAACCGCGCGCUGAACCGCAGCCAGAAACAGGAAUUGAGCCAGGCGAGCUUCGCAUACCUGUUUGGGGAGAUGGUGAGUUAUGCGCAGAAGAGGGUUACGGGGAUUCAGGAUCUGGAGAAACGGUUGAAUAUCCAAGGCCACCCCGUAGGCCUCAAACUCCUCGACCUCCUCCUCUACCGCGAACCACCGCGGACCCAAACCCGUCCCCUCCACAUCAUCGCGCUCCUCCAAUUCAUCACCACGACCCUCUGGCGGCACCUCUUCUCUCGUCCCGCCGACGCCCUCGAGAAAUCUUCAAACCCGGAUACUCCUGAGGAAUACAUGAUUAGCGAUAACGAACCGUUGGUAAAUCAGUAUAUCAGUGUCCCGAAGGAGAUGAACCAGCUUAAUUGUGCUGCGUAUGUGGCGGGUAUUAUUGAGGGCGCGUGUGAUGGCGCGGGUUUUGCUGCAAGGGUUACGGCGCAUAGUGUGGGAAAGGGGGAGGAGGGGGAGUUGUGGCCGGGGAAGACGGUUUUUUUGGUUAAGUUUCAGCCGGAGGUUGUGGAGAGGGAGGCGUUUUUGGGGAGGUGA